AUGGCUUCUAACCAUGUCCCACCGGUUGAAGAGUUUAACAUCGCGACCUUCACUUACAAGGAGAUCGAGGGACAACCCGUUCUCCUGGACUUGUUCGUUCCCAAAGGCUUGCCAUCUGGCGAUCAGCCGGUCCUCAUUCGAUUUCACGGUGGCUUUCUCGUCUACGGCAGCCGCGACAACAUACAGCUUACGCCCCCUAGGAUCCUUGAGUAUGCCCUCGAGAACAACACAAUUCUGGUGUCUUGCGACUAUCGACUAAUCCCAGAGAGUAAUGGGGUUGAGAUCCUGCAAGAUAUCGAUGAUGUCUGGUCCUGGGUUCAGAGCAGCUUGAGUAACGCUAUUGGAACAAUGACUAACGGGAAGAGCGGCGCAGACUUGGGUAAGGUCUUGUUGGCCGGCGAGAGUGCAGGUGGCUACCUCGCGAUUCAACUGGCCUUGCGUCAUCCAAGUGCAUUCCGCGCCGUUAUCGCAAGUUACCCCAUGAUCGACAUGCGAAGCGACCAUUUCUGCAAAGCCUACCCGAAGCAAAUGGGCCAGUAUCCAAAAAUCGGUUACGAACUCGUGUCUGAGCAUCUCAAGCAGCUCCCAGACGGGCCUCAGCCAACAACCCGAGCAAUCUCAAAUCUCCCAAUCGCAAUGGUGCAGCACGGUACAUACACCAGCUUCUUCGGCGACCACCGAAGUCUGUUUCCGAUAGAAUGCCUAGAAGACAACCCGCAGUUGGCACUGGAGCUUCCUUUCAUCUGGUUGCAGCAUGGAAACGAUGAUAGUGAAGUCCCAAUCGAGGGGAGUAGGAAGUUCGUUGCCAAGCUGCGAGAGCUCAAUCCCCAGGCCAAGUUGCGAUACACGGAGCUUGAAGGCGCGGAACAUGGUUUUUGGAGUGAGAUAAAUCUGAUUCAAUCCGGCGAGUGGGAAGAAGGACUGAAGGUUCUAAAUACUUAUCUACAGGGCUAG